AUGAAAGCAAUAACGGCAGCCGAAUACCAACUGUUAGGCGAACGUGUCCCCGCUCGCACGCGCGCUUACAUUUCGGAAUUUCCCACUGAAUGUUGCACUUUCGGGAAAGAUCGAGUCUUUGUCUCGAUGUGCAAAGAUGUUGUCGAGGGUUUUCGUAUCGCUGCUGCCACAUCUGCAUGGCAAGCCACGCCUUCCAUCUUCCACAUUCACUACGAAUACUGA